CUUACACGGAUUUACACGGCUUUACAGACUGCACGCAUACUGUACAAUGGAGCUCGUCAAAGAGUUCGGAGAUCCCCUACUCCUGCUCAUCGCUGAAGAUUAUAUCGUUCUUAAACUAGAAACAGCAUGGCCGCGAGACGUGGCUGUUCCAGAAGGACUCUCCCUCACUGAUGACAAGGGUCUCCACUUGAUCGCGAACCAAAAGUCUUUGGUUUCCGUAGCGAAAACUGCGUUGCCAGGCCAGGCGAGGAUCUCCAAGGCACUGUUCAGCGGCUGUGCGUGCUUCGACUCCUCGGACGUCUACGCCCGUGCUGCUACCGAGCUGCUUCGUGAAACUUUAGAGAUAUGCAUCGUGCACAACACGGACAAGGUGUACAAGCUUAUUCGCAUGUUUCCGAACGCCAGGAUCCUGGCCUUGGUGCAUGACAACUGCGCACACGCCUUGGAAUGGGACGAGCCAUUCAGGGACCCGUCCGCACCGCUGGUCGAGCGAAGUCAGCUUAGGCAGCUGGUGGGCAGCACCAGCCGCCUUAGCGAGGGCAGCCUGAUGAUGAGUUACGAGACGGUGCUGGCACUUCUCCGCACUUGCCCUGACGUGUGUCGCAUCGACACCGGCUAUAUCGUGAAUUGCCUCAUAGAACCGCACGGCUUGCCCAUCCAGAAGGAGCAUCGGAGAGCAGAGAAUUUCACCCACAUAUGGCUCCAUUCUCGGGACUUGAUAUCAGCCGGAGUGUCAGUAAACCCAGCAGUAACAACUGACAUCGCGGUCGCUGCGAAGAAGUUUCCAUCUGUCCAGAAGUUGAAGGUUGCUGUAGCCACGCCGGAAGCGCUCGCCAAGAUCUCUGCGUUUCGCAACCUGCGUAGCCUCCACGUUCUCGCCGCUUCAAGUGAUGCCUUCGCCCAUACCGAUUCUGUGCUGAAGCAGCUGCUGAAAAGCUGGCCAGAUCUCGAAGAACUGGUUCUGGUGCAUUGCAGUGGUCUGCAACUCUCGACAAUUGCGAGGCUGUGUCCAAAGAUCAAGAUCCUUAAGCUCCCAUUGUGCAUGGUCUCCUUAGAGGAGAUCGCAGUGGGCGCCAACGCAUUCCGUUAUCUGGAGCACGUCGAAAUGAGUGUCCAGAUCCUGGAUGUCGCUUUCAAUUCCUUGUUGUCUGCGACACGUUGCACGCUUCGCACCGCGCGUUUCCUAGACGACGACAUGUGCCUUAGUUUUCUGCAAUACUGCGUGCACCACGCUCGACGCCUGCCGUUUGCACGCCUCGAACACUUGACACUGAACACCAGUUCGUCAGUGCGUGCGUUGGAACUCGCACCAGGGGACCUGCACGAAGUGCUCAAGGUCCUGCCCGCGCUUAGGCACCUUGAGACUGACAGCUACGAUCUGCGACUGUUCUUCGAGAAUUAUAGCGUUCCACGGGGUCGUGUGUCGUUGUCCUGGACUGGGUGCGUCUACUGCUCCGUAGACAAAGCAGGUAGUUCGUGGAUUGACACCAUUAUACCCUUCAUGUUGUCUAAUUUGAGUGUGCCCUAGUAAGGAGUGCUCCAAAAAAUUGUGGUGGACCGUAUUCAGCGCGUGAGUGUUUUGCAAACGGGUGUGGGUGAGCAUCUGCAGAUGUCAUUCUGCCCACAUUACUCGCAUCAUUCUCUGUUUGCCCUAAAUACCAAUGGACACAAGAACCUGCACCGGACAUUUCCUUCUUCGGAUGUUCUCACCGACAUACAGGCUCGGUGCAGCAAUGUCUUACCACGCAGAAGUUUUUUGCCUCAAAACAUCCUGUAUUCCUGGGGCUAAGUGACGGUUCACCAAACAUUUCAACAUGUUAUUCCCCUCACAUCUUCCAGCUUAAAUAAACCUUUGACUUCGGAACUUCUUGGGAAUUAGUUCCUCAAGCAUAACUGCCAAACUGUCCCGAAUAUUUUUUGAUGUUCACCUAUUUCGGCUCUUGUUACGAAUGUUUCGUCCAGCUUUACGAAAAAUAAAUUCGGUUCUCGAGAAAGUUUCAGUCAUUGGUCUCCGAGCCUUCGGUUGGAAGUCUUCUGAUUGUAAAAGGAUGCCAGAUGGGUAACAGCUUUGAGAACGUUUGUACAGACGCAUUGUUUACGCAAAGUCUGCAAAGUCGCUGAAAAAGUAACUGAACUAAAACCAUUGUGUUGCCUGUCGGUCUCUGCAGUUCAAUGUUUGCUGCUGCUUGUGUACUCAAUUGGCUGAAUGUAAUUUGGACAAAGGCACUGGGAACAGACGAGGGUAAACGCUACUACUAACCGAUUAUUUCCAGUAUGCACACCACCGAUUCAUAAGCUCGCCCCAGCGCACGCGUCACGCCACUUCAUAUAAAAUCGUGACGGCUUAUAAUCAAGAACUACAGCAUGUGUCACAUACAUUUAUUCAAAACGUCCAGCACCAGUUUAUGCAACGCAGUUGACGCCUAGCUUUGCAGAUCAGAAAUGCUUGUUAAUAAAGGAAGCUUCCGAAGCCAACCAAGCCGUAAUUCUUGCAGACUCGCCUAAACAUCCUGUUUUUCCUGCGCCUCGCAUCCACACUCCGUAAUAUGGGCAAGCAAAUCCGCAUGCUUCGCGCACGUGGUAGGUUCCCGCAUCUGAUGCGGACACAUCCCACGCGUCAAGAAAGGUCUGCCUGUUCAUUGUGCUCAUUGUAAAAUUAUCGAAUUGGGUAUUACUUAUCACUGCAGGGAAUCUGCGCUCACGAAAUCGUGCCCGCAUCAGAUGCAGCUUAGCUUUGAUCAUGUUCGCCGGCUUUUGGCAGAGGGCUUCCCUAAGUCCCUUCUGGUUUCCGUGGCUGAAUUUCCCCUACAGUUGGUGAAAAAGAAGCUGGGAGGAGGGCCCGACGCGUAAGAUUUUGUAAACCCUCCAGAAGGUAGCGAACAGGCAUCAAAAUCCUGUGGUGUUCGUGGCCCCUAACAAGUUCUCCAAGGUCUGUCAGAUUUGCAAUGACAGAAAACGACGUUGCCAAACGAGGAUUGAAUGUCCCUUCGUGGAGUGCUCGUCAGGGGUUGUAUAUUCUAUGCACAUGACGUAUGGUAAACUUUACAUUGGACAGACAGGACUGUGCGCUAACGACCGACUUCGGGAGAAUGCUCCGAAGGUACCGACAACUAUGUGCAUUUGGUCGCCCAUAUUACGAAGUGUGGAUGCGAGGUGUGGUUUAGCGAUUCCAGAACUAUAUACAGGUCAGGUAAUACGACUCGGUUGGAUUGGGAGCCUUUGCUUAUUAAAACGCAUUCUGUUAUCUGCAUAACCGAGCCGUCAGCUGCGUUGCACAAGGCAGAGCUAGUUUUUGAACGCCUGUACAUGACGCGCGGUAAUUCUACAGUAAUUGUACAUGACAAUCGGGGUAAUAUGAAGAAGUGGUGUUACGUAUGCGCUCGGACGAGCGUAUAAAUCGGUGGUGUCUUUAUGAAAAUAUGCAGAUGGCAGUAGCCUUCGUCCUCCUCUGUUCCCUGAGUAUGUGUGCAAAAUUUUAGCGCUAAGCUUUUCAGUCAACAUGAUAGCUAGACCAACUAUGACAACAGUCAGUCCUUUGUGUAGUGAGUGCAAAGUUUACAGAAAUUUGUGUUAUGCAGCCUCUUCUGCUUCCACCUUACGCCCCUUCCCCCCUUGGUGUUGUGUCCGCAUGAUUUUACGAAUCUUAUGUUGACGGGUGAAGGUAGGUCAUGGGUUAAUUGAAUGCUAUAACGGUGGAAAUACCUCGAAUGAUGCUGGUUUUGACAACUGAAUAGAAAUGUAAAAUGUGUACAUUAUGGCUUGGAAGUAUGUCAGGAAUACUAUACGUAAGUAAAGUUCUUCGAGAACCUCACACACUCUUCGGGGACUUCGUACAUUUCUGUAGGGCUGGGUCUCUAACCAUUUCUCGCCAACUCGGAUCACUGUGUAGUCCAUGGUCUAAUUGUUAGUUUUAGGCUGCUGUGCUGACGAAACGUGGUUUGAAACCAAUGGUCGGACCUAUUGGAUUUUUGGGUAUGUCCCAGUGGGUAUCUGCCGCUCAUCGAUAAACCUCUUUGACGCCUACUUAAAUCACUCUAUGUGCUACUAGGUAUAUGUUCGCUCUUCAGUAAACCUCUUUGACGACAACUUCGGUCACGUACCCGUCUAUGUGCCGAUCUUCAGUGAACCUUUUUGAUGCCAACUAGGGCCAAU